AUGGCUCCCCAAAAGAGAGUAGAUGAGGUUGUAAGUGAAGCAGAAGAAAGUGAAAGCUUGGUUGGAGGAGAAGGAAAACCUGCAGGAAAAUACCCUAUCUAUAGCCCACCAGUUUUCAUAUCUGAAGAAGUUUAUGAGAAAGUUCUGGACUUGCAAGAUAAGGUCUCAAGUGUCAAUAGGAUUCCAAAACCAAAACCCAAGGUUGAGAAGACAACAGCAAAGGAGGAAGAACCUGCUAGCAAGGAGAAAACCACCUCUUCGGAAUCUGCACCCAACGAGGGUGAAUACACCGAAACGUCUCAGGAAUCUAAGAGGAUCAGUCUGCAUCAGCCAACACUAGCGAUUCAGAACCUGAAUCUCAUGACGAGUUGUGAGUACCAGAAUCCAUAG